CUCUUACAGACACAGGAUUUAAACAUUAUGCUCCAGAAUUACGCAGACCAAAAGGAGAUUAUAAGGAUUACAAUUCUGAUUGGAGCCCCAACGAUACAGUAAGACGGCUGCAGAGAGGCAAGGUGUGUUCCUUGGAAAGGUUCCAUUCCUUGCAGGACAAAUUAUUGCUGCUGGAUGAAGCUGUUGCGUUGCAUGAUGGGAAUGUUAUUACAGCUAUACUCAUUUUUCUGAAAAGAACCUUAAGGAAAGAGAUCCUGUUCAGAGAGCUGGAGAUGCGGCAAGUUGCUUUGCGCCAUUUAAUACAUUUUCUCAAGGAGGCUGGAGACCAAAAACUUCUCCUAGACCUGUUGAGAUUCCUGGGCAGGACUGAAGAAGUUGCCCUGACCCAAUACCGUGAACAUUUGACUAUCUCGGAUGCUGAGAAAAGAAGGGAGUUUCUGAAAAGUUGCAUUGGGUUGCCCUUUUCAUCAGAGGAUGCUGCUCAUGUUCAGGAUCAUUAUACACUCUUGGAGAGACAGAUUAUCAUUGAGGCAAAUGACAAACAUUUAGAAUCAUCUGGGCAGACGGAAAUCUUUCGAAAACACCCUAGAAAAGCUUCCAUUCUAAACAUGCCAUUAGUCACCACGCUUUUCUAUUCCUGCUUCUACCAUUACACAGAAACUGAG